AUGACGAAGUCAAGCGGACGUAGAUAUUCGAAUUUUUAUGCACGGCACAAAUAUAUUCUUUUGAUUGGAGCGAUUUCAAUCUUAUUGAUUGUACUUUUUAUGACGAAUAUCAAUUUUAUGUUUUCUGUAAUGUCAGGACAUGAUACUCAUAAUGCUUCAGUUCGCAUUCAACCGGAAACACGUUUAGAGCGAGUGAUCAGACUAGGCUCUCCUCUCAGCAGAAGAUCAUUAUUGAAGUCCCGGGUUGGAAAAGUGAUCGAUGGAGACCCAUCUUUUAGCGAUCAGACGGAGCUUACAAGCCAGAUAACACAAGUUGUAAAAGACGACACAUUUCUAACGAUAAAUGGAAGAGACGCUGACACGCGUUUCAAGCGGGAGAUAUCUCGCAAAAGAAGAGAUUGCGCUCUGAACGAGCAACAUUGUAAGGUAUUGUUGCAAACGGUGCAACACUAUCUUGUGACUCUCAAUAAUAAGUUUCCAACGACAAACGGCGAAGAAUCAUUGCCUAGAGAUAUUCUAAAGUGUCUUGAGUGUAAACAGAUGAAUAUCGCGAAUGAAAAUGAUGAAGAUCAUACGUCACGAUUGAAAGAUCGAUAUUUCCCGCAUGAUUAUGCCGAGCAAAAUCGCUCGAGCGAUUUCAGCACUACCAUCAAGUUACUGGAUGACAGAGAGGCUGAAAAUGGCUCAAAGCGAUCGGAAGUUAAUCAGAUAAAAGCGGCAAAUAUUCAACUGCAGGAAACGGACUCAGUUAUCAAUAAUCCAUUACAAAAUGCCACAAAUCAGUCAUUGAAAGACACCAGCAUAUCGGAAACCAGUACCGUAUCAAUUAAUUACACAAAUUCUAAUGGAAGCCAACGGAUAUAUGUAAAUGACACUGACAGUAAUAAUUCAGACUUUAAUGUCAAAUGGUCCGAUAGUAAUUCAGUCGUAAAUGACUCGCGUGUGACAAAAAGUCAAAACAACGAAGGCGUUCCUGCAGUGUCGAAAAAUGAUCAACAACAAAGUAUAAUAACCAUAAACGAAGGUGUCACGAGCGUAAAGCCGUUGUCCAUGGAAUCGAGUAGUACAAGAAUGUACUAUGGCACUAUUACAGAAGAUAAUGGAAAAUCCAGGAAAUCCACAAUUGCAGCUGAUUCGAUAGGAACAACCGAAACAAGAAUACGAACCAUCAUUGAUCUUACGAAGCAGAUUACUGAAAACGUGACGAGUGUGCCAGUGGGAUACAACGUGACCGGAAUCAAUGGCAACACGGUGCAUCCUUCAGUGCAUCCUUCGUUCGAGGGACUCCCGGAAAAUCAAUCGACUACAGCGACGAAUGGAUCAAAAUUGAAAGAAAAUCACCAUGAUAACAAGAAGUUCAUGCCGGCCGAUCAUUUCCAGAUAAAAGACAACAGCAAACCUAUUCCAGUAGCCAUGGAGAGCGCGAAAUCCUUACAACUGACCCCCACAACGUGGACAAUGCCACAUCCAGUCUGUUUCUUUGGCUAUCCCGACCAAUCUUCCAACAUUCCAUUAUCUCCAGAAUCAGCAUUUUACUCAAGUCCCUCUUCAAUGCAACAUCGCGGAUUUCCGUUUCAAAACCCACUUCACCAAGGCCUCUCGCCAAAUUAUAUGCAGAUACAAGCGAAUACGCCUAUGCCAUUUAUGCCAAAAUUGAGCUACGCUGGCAGUCUACCUCAAUCGAUUGGUCAAGCUAUCGGUCCUACGAGACCUGCCAUGCCAAACGCACCAAUCUUCUCGUUGAAUCAGCAAUCAACCGCAAUGUCCCAGCAACCAAUUGCAAACAUGCCAUAUUUCUGCGGUUAUAUGUCACUAUCGACGAUUCACUUUCCACCGAUAUCUGACACUUCGCAAUCCGACCGCUCUGUCGGCGAAGUUAAAGACCUUCCAAAAGAAUCACAAAAAUUACCUCAUGAAGUCGGUGUUAUUACGCAGCAUAAUCCGCAAUUUUCUACGCUCAACAAAUGUCCUAUAAAUUAUCAUCAGUGCGAUAAUCGAUAUUGCAUCCCAAGGAUAAAAUGGUGCGACGGCCGUGUCGAUUGCGCCGAUGCUAGCGACGAAACGAGAUGCUCCUGCAGAGAUCGAAUAUCACGAAAUCGACUCUGCGACGGUUAUUUCGAUUGUCCACAUGGAGAGGAUGAGCUCGGUUGUUUUGGUUGCCCAAUGGAAUCUUUCAAUUGUGACAACUGGGACAAGCGUUACAAUAGCAAUAAUUGCGUAUUACUUUCGCAACGUUGCGACGGGAUAAAACAUUGUCCUAACGGAAAGGACGAGCUCGACUGCAAUAUGCUUCUAAAACAUAUGGGUUCAAACGAUAUCUUUGCGGUUGGUUAUACUCAAGGAUACUUACAUAAGAAUGUACGAGGGCAAUGGCAUCCCGUUUGCUCAAAGACAUUAUCUUGGGCGAUGGAUGCUUGUGAAUCGGAAAUUGGUUUGCCGCUAACAACAAUGCCAGAAAUACAAACUGUUCGUAUGUCUGAGAGCUUUCAAAAUCUUUACGUGGUAGAAUCCGACAAUAAUGAUAUAAAAAUGACGUCAUGCCCGGGCACAGCAGUAUUUGUCAAAUGUCCGCCGUUACCUUGCGGCACCAAAGCCUUUCCACGUCAGAACUUCUCUCCCGCCUUCAACACGACAAAGAAUAAUUACAUGUCUAGAAGACACAUGGAGGAACAAUUUCCUUUGAAAAUUGUGGGAUUUAAUAAGCUGUACCAGGAGACACUGAGGCUUCUGAAGCCGAAUCAGUUCAUGUCCGAGAAGAAAAUGCAAAAGCAGAUCAACGAUACCCUCGUCGGAUCGCAAUUGCGAGUAGUCGGUGGCCGAGCAAGUCAGCCUAGAGCUUGGCCUUUUCUGGUCGCUAUUUAUAAAGACGGUUUUUUCCAUUGCGGUGGUGUCAUCUUAAGUGAAGUUUAUAUACUCACCGCAGGUCAUUGUAUGGAUGGAUAUGAAGGGCAUUAUUACGAAAUACAAGCCGGUAUACUCAGACGGUUAUCAUUUUCACCCAUGGCACAGUGGAGAAAAGUAAAAUACGUAAUGAUUCAUCCAAAUUACGUAAAAGAAGAAAUGCAAAAUGACAUUGCAGUAAUCAUGUUGGAUGAAUCUCUUCUUUUCAAUCGAUGGGUUCGCCAAGUUUGCUUACCAGCGUUAAAUAUCGUGGGUCCUGAAUGGAAAGUAAGCCCAUCGCCGCAAUCCAUGUGUAUUGCCAUUGGAUGGGGAUCUGUAAAAGAAAAUGGACCAGAUCCGGAUCAUUUGCGAGAAGUAGAAGUGCCGAUUUUAUCAUCAUGUAAGCAUUUGGCUGAUCAGAAUAACGCUACAAUCUGCGCAGGAUAUCCUGCGGGUGGCUACGAUGCCUGUCAGGGCGAUAGUGGUGGUCCCUUAAUGUGCAGAAAUUUAAAUUUAGAAUCACAGUGGUAUGCGGCGGGCCUAAUCAGUCAUGGUGAGGGAUGCGGACGUCCUGAAGAGCCCGGUGUUUACAUGAAAGUGAGUUAUUACGUAGAUUGGAUUCUGCAAACGUUUAAAAUCUUAGAUAAUCGAGUGACAUCUCUUUAUGGGAAUAAACCCUUAGAUUCGUGUCCAGGAUUUAGUUGUCAUUCGAGCAUAGAAAAGUGUUUGCCGAUAAAGAAUCAUUGCGAUGGAAUUGUAAAUUGUCUAGACGCAGAAGACGAAAUUAAAUGUCAAAUUCUGAAAGCAAAUUAUGCGAAAUACGGGAAUUCCAAUGAUACAUUUAUAAAAUCACAAGCUACAGAAGUAUCCAGUGAUAUCACAGAAAAAAAUGAAGUGAACACAGAAACAAUUCCUAUUUCUACUUCUUCCUAUUUCUUCUAUCAGACAGAAACACAGACUUACAACAACGAAAAUUCAAAUAUCAUAGAUGCCUACGAGACUACGCCUGAGAUAACGAUGUCGAACGUUAGAUCAACAUUUACCUGCACAAAUAUAAUCCAAACUAUAAAAAUCAAUAAAAGGUGCAAUAAACACUUAGACUGCGAGGAUGGAACUGAUGAAGAGGACUGUACUUGUAGAGAUUAUCUGUUGAAUUUUCAACCCACAGCGAUUUGCGACGGACAUCUGGAUUGCGACGAUGAAACAGACGAAAAAGAUUGUGGUAUAUGCAAGAAUAACGAGUUUCAUUGCAGUAUGAGUGGGGGUUGCAUUUCGAUAACGAAAAGGUGUGACGGAAAUUUCGAUUGCUCUCUAAGCGAGGACGAGCUUGACUGUAUUGCAUUGACAAACGGGGAAUACGUUAACGUAGAUAGUGAUAAUUGGUCUAUUUUAAACACAGAAGGUUUGCUUAGUAGAUAUUACAACGAAACAUGGCAUAUAGAAUGUCUUCAAGCAGAUAUAUUGGAGAAUAGCACAAAAACAUCGAUAAUAGGAGAAAACUUAUGCAAAUAUCUCGGAUUCACGGGUUUGCAAUCAUUGGAUAAGGCCGUUGUGAACAAAACGAUAUUAGAAACAAGAUUCUCGCGGAGGUGGGACGAUACGACGGGUUAUAAACCUUUACCACAGCAUGUUGCGGAGAGUCAGGGAGGCGGGAUGUGUACGACGUUACGGUUUCGUUGUAGACCGGUUUUAAGCAGCAGUGCAGACUCGCAUGUGGUCAUCGAUCCGAGAACCGGAAAUCAUACCUACCUGUGGCCGUGGUUGGCGGCCAUCUUCGUUGACGGCCGUUAUCACUGCUCGGCCUUACUCCUGGAAUCAAACUGGCUUUUGUCCAGUUCGAGCUGCACGGAAGCUAUCAGAUUAUCAGUGAAUUAUACGACAGCUCUGCUCGGCCAAAGCCGCUCGUUUCUCUACGUGGACGGACCUCAUCAACAGAUAUCGAUCGUUGACGAAAUCAGGGACGUGGAAAGAACAAAUGUCUCGUUGCUACACUUGAAAACCGCAGUAAAUUUUACACGUUACGUGCGACCGCUGUUUUUAGAGAAAAAAAUAUAUCCACCGGCAAAAGGCGAUUUAUGUGUAGCAAUCGGUACAGACAACGAACACGUGACACAAUCGAUCUUUCUUCAACCAAUCCUCCAAAAUUGUGACAAGUGCUAUCGUUGUUUCGUCGAAGCUUCAGGCACUAAAUGUCCGACUAAUGGAACUUCUUCGAAUUGGAACGGUACGGUGUUUUGUCGCAGCGAGAAAGGAUGGUAUCCCGUAGCUGUAUUUCAAGAAGACGACGGCCCAUGCAGCUUCAGAAGCAUACGGAACUUGACAAGCAUUGAUUAUAUCCAUGCUUAUCUCACGCAAACUUUAGAGAAAGUGUCGCAACCAACGCCUGAAGCCGCAUGUGAUGGCGUUCGGUGCAACAUUGGACAAUGCAUCCCUUGGAAUCAGGUAUGCGACGGUAUGACAGAUUGCCGAGACGGUGCGGAUGAGAAGAAUGCAAUGUGUUUACAAGUGCAACAGAUUAGAAGAAGAAACGAGACCAAUAAAUGCGCCAAGUCGGAGAUACAAUGCAGGAAUGAUGAGUGUAUCUCGAAGAGCGCAUUUUGUGAUGGAAAAGUGGAUUGCUCGAACGGAGCGGAUGAGCCUGUAAUAUGUAGCUGCGCAGAAUAUUUAAAAUUGACUAUGCCAGAACGAUUGUGUGACGGGGUACGACAUUGUCUCGAUAAAACCGACGAAUCGCCAGAAGAAUGUCAAUGUACCAUUACCAGUUUCAAAUGCAAUACAGAAAACAAAAAUCAUACUUGCAUCUCGCAAGAUUUCGUGUGCGAUGGCGAUAAUGACUGUCCGAAAGGCGAAGACGAAACAGAUUGCAGAGGGAUACAACAACUCUCAGAUGACAGACCUGCUGCAGGCGAAGUAGUGCAACGCUCUUACGGUGUAUGGCAUACUCUAUGUUAUCCAUCAAAAGUUACGUCACAGGAAGAGGCAGUAAAAGUGUGCAGAAAAAGCGGUUACACGAAUGGAAUUAUUGAUUACAAAUAUCAAUCGUUUAAUCAGCCUACUGUUCCAUCUCGCGAUGAUUUUUACAUGAUACGAUUAAAUUCGGACACGUGGAUAACCAUGCGUGACGAUAAACCCCUUAUAACUCUGGUCCGACCAGAAAAACCCUGCUAUCGUCUCUUCAUCAAAUGCAGCAAUUAG